AGGAGAAUAUUAGUCCAAAAUACUAGUUCGGUUGCUUUUAUAAAAAGCAAAAUCCUUCCGUCUCACGGAAAAUAAAUAUUGGAAACAAGGAGCUAAUAAGGAUGAGGAAAUCAAAGGGCUGGAUAGAGGAAUUGAAGAAUUGCCAAGUUCACUGUGUGAUGGAUGCUGCUGGCCAAGUGAUUCCGCUAAUUUAGGAGGCAAUUUGGCAGGUAGGCCGGUAGGUCGUUUGGAACAUCGAAUUUGCGUGAGAGUCAAAACUUUGUUUCUUGCACUUUGUGUGUUCCAAACCUCCCGCACCACCAAAAUCUCUCGCCCUUUCCCAAGUAAAAGAAAAACUGAAACAUAAAUCAUUAGUAUUGAGGCUUCACACUCUCCUCCUCAGUUCUUCACAGAGAUUUACUAGUCAGGAGAGAGAGGGUAUCUUGAAGUGAAGCCAUUUUUGAGAUUUGAGAUCCACAUCUGCUUGUAUCAAUUAAUGGAGCGGACGUGAUCAGAUCUGUGCAAUAUCGAAGGAGGGAAGAGAAGAGAAGAAGAGAUGGCACCCGCGAGUAAAGCAGACAGGAAGGCUGCUCUUGAUGUGGCAUCAUGGAUGUUCAAUGUCAGUACAUCUGUGGGGAUUAUUAUGGUCAACAAAGGUCUAAUGGCCAGAUAUGGUUUUACAUUUGCAAGUACGUUAACUGGCUUACAUUUUGCAAUGACCACUCUCAUGACUCUUGUUCUUCGUUGCAUGGGCUAUAUUCAACCUUCGCAUUUACCUUUCUCCGAGCUCGCAAAAUUUGUUAUCUGUGCCAAUUUCUCCAUUGUUGGGAUGAAUGUUAGUCUCAUGUGGAAUUCUGUUGGCUUUUACCAGAUAGCAAAGUUGAGCAUGAUUCCUGUAUCUUGCCUUUUAGAAGUUCUUUUUGAUAAGAUUCGUUAUUCAAGGGACACUAAGUUAAGCAUAGUAACAGUGUUGGUUGGAGUGGCAGUAUGUACUGUUACGGAUGUUAGUGUCAAUGCCAAGGGCUUCAUGGCUGCUGCAAUUGCAGUAUGGAGCACUGCUUUGCAGCAAUAUUAUGUUCACUAUCUGCAGAAGAAGUAUGCACUUGGUUCUUUUGAUCUGCUUGGACAUACUGCACCAUUACAAGCAGCUACACUGCUGAUUGUAGGGCCGUUUCUUGACUAUUGGCUGGCAGAAAAGAGAGUGGAUCUUUAUGAUUAUACCAUACCAUCUGUGUUCUUCAUUGUGCUCUCUUGCAUGAUUGCGGUGGGCACCAACCUAAGCCAAUUUAUCUGCAUUGGUCGUUUCACAGCAGUCUCAUUUCAAGUUCUCGGCCAUAUGAAGACCAUAUUUGUUCUUGUUUUGGGAUUCAUCUUUUUUGGUAAAGAGGGGUUGAAUGUACAAGUGGUUCUUGGUAUGUUAUUAGCUGUGAUUGGGAUGGUUUGGUAUGGCAAUGCAUCAUCAAAACCUGGGGGUAAAGAACGGCGGAUGUAUCCCAUUUCUAGUGAGAGGAUUACUAAAAUUGGUGUAUCUGAAGAUGGAGCACUUGACAAAGUAUGAUAGAUUACAAUAUGGUCUACUUCAUGCGAUAAUUGAGGUUUGCCCAACAAAAUAUACAACUUUUUUGGGCUUUAUUUGUUUUUCAACUAGAUACAGGUCUUGGAUGGCAUUGCCUUUUUAGAGUUGUUGAGGAAGGUUCCAGAAGGUAUGCCAAAAAUUCAACCAUUUUUUAUUGUAAAGCAAGCUUCUCAACAACCUUUGCAAGUUAGAGGAAGCAAGGUAGGAAAUUUUCCAUUUGUUAGUCUUGCAGUUUUCAUUCAUGCAAGCAAGAUUUCUUAGUUUUAGUGUAUCUUGCACAGACAAUUCUCAUUAUUUAUUCUUAUGCUUAUCCCUUAGAAAUGAAGAUAAAUCUUUUUCC